AUAAUAACGAAAAAGCCCACUUUCACAGAAACGUGUUCUCUUCAGCACUUUCGGCACACAUGAUUUGAUUUCUCCCUUUUGUCUUCAAUGAUUGGGUCUCUCACUUAAAUGCAAAUUAAUCAUCACUUUGUUUACUCCGAAACUCUCUCUCCCUCGAUUUGAUUUCUCAAUCGUCACCGAUCCCUCCGCCUUUCUGGGUCUCUUCACAAGAAUCGAAAGCUUUCAAGAAAAACCCAUCCUUUGGCUUAUUCCUCCGUUGAUGGUCAUCUAUAUCUCCUAAAGAGAUUUGAUCUGUUAUAAGAAGAUCCCAAGGAAGACAUCAGCUUUUUGUAUUGAAGGAAGAGAAGAGAGAAGGAAGAUAGAUACAGGCUCUUAUCAAAAGUUGGUUCUCUGCUUUCUGAGAUAAGAAGAUGGUGGCUUUUGGGAAGUAUCUGCAGCGGAAACAGAUCGAAGAAUGGAGAGGUUAUUACAUCAAUUACAAAAUGAUGAAGAAGAAAGUGAAGCAAUAUGCUGAACAGAUACGAGGCGGAUCUCAACAUCCUCGCCAUGUUCUGAAAGAUUUCUCGAGGAUGCUCGAUACUCAAAUUGAGAAAACAGUCCUGUUCAUGUUGGAACAACAAGGGUUGCUUGCAGGGCGACUAGCCACAUUGAGGGAAACGCAUGAUGCUGUUCUCGAGCAGCCUGACAUAUCAAAAAUUGUUGAGCUACGAGAAUCAUACAGAGAUGUUGGAAGAGAUCUUCUACAGCUUCUGGUGUUCGUUGAGCUGAACGCCAUUGGCCUGCGCAAGAUACUCAAGAAAUUUGACAAACGGUUUGGCUAUAGAUUCGCCGACUACUACGUUAAAACCCGAGCUGACCAUCCUUACUCACAGCUUCAGCAAGUGUUUAAGCAUGUGGGUGUAGGAGCUGUUGUUGGGGCAAUAUCUCGCAAUCUUCAUGAGCUUCAAGAACACGAAGGAAGUUUUUAUUCAAUUUACGACCAACCUGUUCUUCCUCUUCAGGAUCCAGUGGUUGAGGCAAUUAAGACUGCAGUGGACAAGCUAACGAACUCAACGAGUUUCCUCAACUUCUUGGCCCAGCAUGCUCUUAUCAUGCAAGAUGAUUUGCAGACUCCUUCAGAGGACACCAUCGAUGAACGGACUUACCAUUUUAACUCGUUACUCCUGAACUUAGGAAACACAUUCUUGUACAUGGUGAACACAUACAUCAUUGUUCCUACAGCAGAUGACUAUUCCAUGAGCCUUGGAGCUGCAGCGACCGUUUGCGGUGUUGUCAUUGGAUCUAUGGCCGUGGCUCAAGUCUUCUCAUCGGUUUAUUUCAGCGCUUGGUCCAACAAAUCUUACUUCAAGCCUCUGGUGUUUAGUAGCAUUGCUCUCUUUAUAGGGAACUUAAUGUAUGCGUUGGCUUAUGAUGCUAACUCCAUUACUCUUCUCUUACUUGGCCGUCUCUGUUGUGGGCUGGGGUCAGCAAGAGCUGUGAACCGGAGAUACAUCAGUGAUUGUGUGCCUUUAAGAAUCCGAAUGCAGGCAUCAGCAGGUUUUGUGAGUGCUAGUGCUCUUGGAAUGGCUUGUGGUCCUGCUCUCGCCGGUUUACUCCAAAUCAAAUUCAAGAUCUAUAAGCUGACAUUUAACCAGUCUACUUUGCCUGGGUGGGUUAUGGCUGUGGCUUGGCUGUUCUAUUUGGUAUGGCUAUGCAUUUCAUUCAAAGAGCCACUGCGUGAUACAGAGGAACAAGAAGGAAGCAACCCGAAUGAAACAACUUCAAUGACAGACAGAGAAGAAAAUAGUAGAGCCGUGGAGGAAGGUCUUCGAAAGCCGUUGCUGAUAACUUCAGGACUCAAGCUGGAAGACGAAGAUGAAGAGGAUUGCGAUGAAAGUGAAGAAUCGGCAGAAGAUUCUCGUAGACCUGCAAAUUCUUUUGGUGAUGCAUACCGACUUCUUACUCCAUCUGUUAAGGUUCAACUGUUGAUCUACUUCAUGCUCAAAUACGCCAUGGAGAUAUUACUGUCCGAGUCUAGUGUGGUUACUUCAUACUAUUUUGGUUGGACAACAAGCUCCGUUGCCAUCUUUCUGGCGUGCCUUGGCCUCACGGUGCUACCAAUCAACAUUCUUGUCGGAAGUUACAUCAGUAACAUGUUUGAAGACAGGCAAAUCCUUUUGACAUCUGAGAUCAUUGUCUUUAUCGGGAUUCUCUUCAGUUUUAACUUGUUUGUUCCUUACACCGUACCGCAAUACGUAAUCUCUGGUCUAGUAAUGUUCGUUGCUGCUGAAGUACUCGAAGGUGUGAAUCUGUCGUUGUUAUCGCGGGUAAUGUCUUCGAGGCUAUCAAAAGGAACAUACAACGGAGGGUUGCUGUCGACGGAAGCUGGAACCUUGGCUAGGGUUGUGGCGGAUGCAACCAUAACCUUGGGAGGAUUCUUGGGAAGAAACCAUCUCUUGAAUGCAACUCUUCUACCAUCACUUGUCAUCUGCAUUGGCUCCAUUGUUGCUACUUGUUGUACUUAUAACUCUCUCUAUUGAUAUGUUUUUAAGAGAUUUUGCUACCAAAUUUUACAAAAUAGAAUAAAAAGGAACAGUGUGUGUAUGAUCCUCUCUUUGUUUGAUUUUAUUUGUGAUCAUCUUACCAUGUGAUGGUUGAGAGUCUCUACUAGAGACUAAACAGAGUUGAUAUUUUUGUAGUGUUUAUGUUUGUGACUAAAUAAUUGAGCAAUGAUCAAUGAUCAAGACUCUCAAAUUGUGUCCUAAA